CCGGGUAUAAAAGAAGGAGGCGUUCAGGAGCCACCGUUCGCCUCGCACCUUCUUUCUCGCGGCAAGGAUGCAGAUACCGAGCAGCACAUCCACGCCAGCUUUGGGGGCAUACUCGCUGCGCAAUCACCCGACUGCGCAGCCACCCUUUUCCAAAUCGUUCACCAUCGACGCGCUGCUCGCCAAGCCGGACGGGCGCAACUCGGAGCGGGCGUUCGCCUACCCGGCCGCGCUGCCCCUGGGCGGCGCCGCCGGGGUGACCUACGCGACCUGCCCGUACAACGUGCUGCCGGCCGGCUACUCCGCCGUCUACUGCUGUCCGCCGUUCACCUACCAGGCGUCGUGUCGCGGAGCCUUUUACGCGCAAGCGGCGUCGAUGCCCAAGGUGCACGCCUUGAAAGUCAAGGGUGGCAAGUCCAAGCGCAUGCGCACCAGCUUCACCAGCGAGCAGCUCUCCCGCCUGGAGAAGGAGUUCGCCCGGCAGCAGUACAUGGUCGGCUCCGAGAGGUUCCUGCUCGCCUCCGCCCUGCAGCUCACCGAAGCACAGGUGAAAGUGUGGUUCCAGAACCGCCGCAUCAAGUGGCGCAAGCAGAGUCUGGAGCAGCAGCAGGCCAAGUUGGCCAAGCUGGGCCUGGCCGCCGCCGCCACCCCGCCCAAAAGCCCCGGAUCUCAGGGCCACGCUGACGAAGACCAAGAGGAGGACGAAUUCUCCGACUCGGACGUGGAUGUGGACGUGUCCGACGAUGGCCCGGAACCCUGUUGAGAAACCCCGGAAAAAACACAAAAACAAACAAAAAA